CCCCGGGCCUGCCUACCCGGAAGUGGACCCUGGGAGGGCGAAGAUCGGGCACCAGUUCCGGAAUUUGAGGGCUUUGUUUCCGAGGGGGAGCGCUUCCGAAACGCGCCGCGGCCCGGACGAAUCCUGCUUCUCUCUGAAAUGCAGUUAACACAUCAGCUGGACCUAUUUCCCGAAUGCAGGGUGACCCUCCUGUUAUUUAAAGAUGUAAAAAAUGCAGGAGACUUGAGGAAAAAGGCCAUGGAAGGCACCAUUGAUGGCUCAUUGAUAAAUCCAACAGUGGUCAGCCUAAAAUUCUGUCAUUAUCAGAUUGUUGAUCCAUUUCAGAUACUUGUGGCAGCAAACAAAGCAGUUCACCUCUACAGACUGGGAAAAAUGAAGACAAGAACUCUAUCUACUGAAAUUAUUUUCAACCUUUCCCCAAAUAACAAUAUUUCUGAGGCUUUGAAAAAAUUUGGUAUCUCAGCCAAUGACACCUCAGUUCUAAUUGUUUACAUUGAAGAGGGAGAAAAACAAAUAAAUCAAGAAUACCUAAUAUCUCAGGUAGAAGGUCAUCAGGUUUCUCUGAGAAAUCUUCCUGAAAUAACAAAUAUUACAGAAGUCAAAAAGAUAUAUAAACUCUCUUCACAAGAAGAAUGUAUUGGGACACUAUUGGAUGGUAUCAUUUGUAGAAUGUCAACAAAAGAUGUUUUGUGAUAUGUUGGAAAUAGUAACAGAAAUUUCAGCAUUGAAGAAGCCAUUGAUCUU